CUGGUCUGAUGGAGCAUUGUUUACACUCACACACCGCCUGAGAGAGUGUGGGAGAGCAAGGAGAGAGAGAGAGGGAGAGCAGUCACAUGAGGGAGGUUGUCAUGCUCUGCCACGUGUUUUUAUCCCCAUUGCCAUAAAAAUGAGGCUUAUCAGUGACUUAGGAGGGGGAUGGAGCACCAGGGUCUGGCAGCAGCAGCAGCGGCUGCGGCGGCAGCGGCGGCAGCAGGAGUCGGUGGUGAGGCACAGAAGCAGCACGUGUUGUCACCGGUGAUGGAGCUUGAGGUGGAGCAGGACAUGAGGGCCAUUGGGGAUGACCUCCACCAUCACCACCACCACCAUCCCCACCACCACCACCACCACCACCACCAGCAGCACCACCACCAGCACCACCACCAACACCAGCACGGAGGCCUGGCAGUGGUGGGGGGAGAAGAGCUGCAACUUGGUGGAGAGGGGGACCGUGUGCCUCCCCAUGACCUGGAGGAUCCUCUUGGAGGUGGCGGAGAGGACCCCCUGACCCUGGAAGGGGACAUGGGGGACAUGGGUAGCAGCGGGGAAGUGCAGCAGGCGCUGGGACACCAGGCCACGCUGCUGGAGGAUGCCUCAGAGGUGCUGGGUGGGGCCAAAGGACUCAAGCUGUCCUCUUUCCCUGGUGCGGCAGGCCCUGGGGCCGGGCCAGAGAUGCCCCUGGGUGCUGGCACACUGCCGCUGGAGGCGCAGCACUACUACGAGGGGCUGCAGCCGGCGCCCAUCAUGGUGUAUGAGGUGCCUGCUGGCAACAUCGUGCCCUUCGACUCCCUGGUGCCAGUGCCACUGGCCAAGGGCCUAGGGGGUGUGAAGGAGGGGGAGGGGGGUGUGGGGGGUGUGGACCUCCUGCAGGGGGGUGUUGGGGAGGGGGUGUAUGCCCCAGCCCCCCAAGAGGUGCCACCACCAUUGUAUGUGUUGCAUCAGCCUCAUAAGAAGGAUGGUGUGUCUGGCCUAGAGCAGCCUGGGGACAGUCUGGUGCUUGGGGGUAGGGAGGGAGGGGAUGGGGCUUUCCCCAGGGUGGGGGGGGAGGGAACAGCCAUGAUGCCCAUUGGUGCUGAGUUCAGCCUCAUCUCAUCGUCGUGCUACGAGACCAACAUGGCGCAGCUGUCCACAGCCUACCACGGCUCAGACACUGACAGCGAGGUGGCCCUCACCCUGGCCAGCCUCGGCACCCCGAAGCUGGAGCGUGCCGCGGCCAUCACCAGUGGCAGUGGUGGUAAUGGUGGUGGCGGUGGUGGUGGCCUGGCCCAGGCCUUCCAGGACCUGGAGCCUCAGCAGGUCACCCUGGACAAGAAGACGGUGGAGCCUCCCCCGCCACCACAGCGCCCCACCCUGGUGUUGCGCAGCCGCCGCAACAGAGCCACCACAGCCCACCACACCACCUUGCCCCCUUCCUCCACCUCCACUGCCACCUCCACCACCUCCACCUCCACCACAGCCUCCACUGCCACCACCACUACUGCCACCACCACCAGGAAGCGCCGCAGGAAGGACCCCAAGGCAGCCACACAGACCACCAGCGCCACCCCCACCACCACCACCACUGCCACCACCACUGGCGGGGCUGGGGCGCUGGAGGAGAGCAGUGGUGGCAGUGGCAGCUUCCUCAUGCCAGACAGCGUGCUGGCAGUGCGCAGUGUGCCAAGCCCUGCGCCGACCACUGCUAGCAGUGCGCUGCAGCAGCAGGAGGCACAGAAGGAGAACCUGCUGGGGCAGCUGCUGAAGGCGUCGGAGCAGUGUGAGCCAGCCUCUCUCAUCCCUGCUGGUGUGGUGGAUGAUGUGAUUCCGGCGGUGGGCUACCGCAUCAUGGACAUGACCAACCUGGGUGAGAUGGUGCGCAUGAUGCACCGCUGCCCUGGCCUGGGCACCAUCGUCAUCCAGGAGCAGGCCUCACUCAGGGAGGGGGCUGUGUCGCAACUUAGUGUCAUUUGCACCAGCUGUCAGGAGGGUGCGGUAUGUGCCACCAGCAACAGGGCAGCGCAGGCCACUCCCUGGGACAUCAAUGCCCGGGUGGAGCAGCUCACCAAGGAGUUCAGCAUCAAGGAGGACCAGCUGCAGAGGAUGCUGGAGAUCCUGGGCAUCUUCUACCGUCCCUGUGACCCAGCAUUGCAGCCUGUCACUCAGCCACUGGAGAUGGAAGCUGCUGCUGUACAGUCCAGUGCUAAGAAGAAGAAAAAGAAGAAGAGUGACACAGCACCCUCGGGCAAGCCAAAGAAUCUUGUUUGUACUGUCUGCAAACAGCGCUUUGUUGGAGUGAACCAUCUCAAGAAGCAUAUGCACAGCCAUGACCUCAACCUGCACACCUGCCCAUACUGCCACGCAUACUUCAAGAAACCAUUCAACCUCAAGGAACACAUCAAGAAGCAUCAAAACUGUAAGUACGAGUGUAGCCACUGCCAGCGGGAGUUUACGGACAAAUCGACUCUUCUGUGUCAUGUUCGCUCCCAACACGAGAAAAGGUACAAGAUCCAGUGUGAGUUGUGCCAGAAACGGUUCUAUCACCGUGCUCAUUACAACGAGCACAUGCGCAUCCACACGGGAGAGAAGCCGUACAUGUGUGAGCUUUGCGGCAAGAAGUUUUCCUGGCACGACAGUGUUAAGAAACACAUGCAGACACACAGUGCUGAGUCCAAGUACAAGUGUCGUCUGUGUGGGAAGUGGUUCAGGUGGCUGCAGGGAGUGCGGCAACACCUUCAGUACCUGCACAAGCUGAAGAAAUGUGACAUUGAGGCCCAGGUGGUGACAGCUGCCACAGAGACAGCCUCCUCUGCCCUGCCUCACUUCCAUCAACACCCUCAGCCCACACCUCAACAACAACAGCAGCAACAGCAGCAGCAACAACAACAACAACAACAACAACAACAACAACAACAGCAGCAACAGCAACAGCAACAACAGCAUCAGCAGCAACAGCAGCAUCAACAUCAACAGCAUCAUCAGGUUCUUUCUCAGGAGGACAGCAGCUCGGCACCACAAGAGUACCAUACACUGGAGGCCGCUGCACCCAGUGGGGAUGCUGGAGCUCAGCAGACCUUGGACAUCUUCCAGGUGACAGAGGUGGAGGCCCAGCAGCAGGACAUGUUCCAGUACCACUAAGGGAAGAGUCAGCCUCCACACUCAUGCUCUCCUCCCUUCUCUCAGUACCAGUUAAACAAGGCUGCUUGGAAGUGUUCUUGCCACAACCAGAAAGGGAAAGAGAGUACUAUUUUAUGGAUAUGUUUAGGUGCUUUUAAGAUAGACAUACAAGCUUGAUGUAAUGAGGACUGGGGAUGAUCAGAGCAGCUCAUGUUAUCAUGUAAUGCUGAGUAACACUAGUCAUGGAUGGAGUUGAGUGAUUUGGUGAAGCAAUGCAGAUUCUAAGGAGAUUUCAGGAUGGCAGAGUGUUGCAGCCUUCCUUCCUAGCAAGAACUAUAGUUGACAGAAACACUACUGCCAUCCAUAAGACAAGAGCCAGAAAAUAACAGUCAGCAUACCUCAGAGAAUAGCAAAGAACAGCAUGAAAAAAAUAAGUGUAGUCAGCAUAUCUCAGAAGAUAAGAGCUUGUGAUGCCACCAGGAAGACGAGCAGUGCAGUCCACAUUCCCGUGCCAAGACCCAAAGCUUUGAUGGCAGUUUCUCCCUAGGGUAAGUCUUAGUGUGUUGGCCAGAGCCUGGUGUUGUCUGCAGGCAAGUCAGUGAGGUGGUGGUAGCAAUGGUGGUGGUGGUGGGGAGAGGUAGGGUAGUGCUGUGUGAUAACCUGUCGUGCUGCAACAGUUUUGUUAUGGUAGCAAACUAAUCCUAAGGAGAAAUUCGUGUCAUUGCCUUAAAUGUGAUCCAAGUUUGUGUUGACUCAUGUUGAUCACAGACUUAUUUUAGUGUUCUUGUGUACAGUAAAACUUUUUUUAUGUA